AUGCUCCCUUCGGGUGGCAUGGCAUCUGGGCCCCGAAAGAGGGUUACAGCUGAACGGCUUUUUGAUUCAUCGAUAGUUUUAGACAUAGACAUUGAUUUGGAAUGCGUUUUUGGAGUGGUCGACAACUCCAAAAACAUGCCAAUAUGUGUGGAUCGAGAACGCAGGCCGAACGCAGGGGCCAAGAUGGCCCAACUACUGAAUGACGAACAAGAGGAUGAAUUUUACACUAGUGUCUAUGGAGGAUUUACUGAGGAAGCCGAUGAUGUCGACUAUCAGUCAGAGAGCUCCGUCGAAGAUAUCAUCGAUUCAGACUUUGUGGAUUCGAGCGCAGCGGAAUCUGAGACAGUCUCUUCGGACGAAGACGAGGACGGCCCAAAGAAUAAAAAGAAACGCCGACACAGAGGUGUGGUGACGAAGGCCUACAAAGAACCGAAACGGUCCAAACCCACAGAGAGUUCAAAGUCGACGGCCCAACAAAUUGAUGAACAGACGGAGCCAAAACCAAAAUCCACUAUAAAAGAAAAAGCCACCGGUUCUACAGAGGGUGAGGUGGCUACAUUCGAAUCGCGAGUGUUGCGACAGCGAACGGUACCCUCCACGAGUGAGUCUACGGGAACAGAAUCGAAAAGCCGUCGAAAUGACAGCACUGCAUUGCGUCGGCAAGCAAUGCUGGCAGAAAUCGCUCAGCGAAAAAAUGUGCCAGAAGUUCGUCGACUAACCCAGGAGGAGCUUUUGGCUGAGGCCAAACUAACAGAAGAAAUAAAUCGUCGGUCGCUAGCUCGGUACCAACGUAUGGAAAUUGAGAAGAAGAAGGUUCAUUUCCAAAAAUCAAAAUCUACCGUCCCCAUGAUCCGUUACCAUUCGUUCACUGUACCUUUGGUCGAAGAUCAACCUCAUUUGUACGGAGUCUCAGUCGAUCCUCAAAGUUCGACGGUUCGUGCUGGCCCUAUUAUCACCGAUCCAUCAGCUCGCUGCAGCCGAAAUUUGAUCACAUUCGCGGACGAACAAUGCCUUCGUGCUUCAAUGCCAAAAACCAUCACACCCUUGCCCGACCCGAACAACCCCGCUCCAGUUGCUCCGCGACCGCGCCGAAUAAUGCGAAUAUGUCCCAUCACCGGGCUUCCUGCUCGUUACCUGGACCCCGUCACACUUACUCCGUACGCCAACCUUGCAGCAUUUCGAGUGCUCAGGCGUCUGUAUCAGCUUCACUUGGAGACCAACACUCCAGCCAUAGACCUUUUGAGGGAGUACCGAAACAGUUG